AUUCGUUGACUAAUUUUGUUUCUGGUUCAAGUUGGUACCUCCUACUUUCUACCCUAAUCUCUAAUCUCACUCCUCCUAUUCCGGAAUUUCUACUGUCAACCCUAAUUCUAAACCCAGUUCCAAUAAAAAAAGAUCUAACGCCAGUAGGAGACAAAAAUACAAUAUAUUUUUCAAAGGGUUCAAACCAUUCCACUUUGUUCAAUUGAAAACAAGAAGGGAUUCCCUUUUUUCAAACACUCAUCACUCCAAGAAUGCCAGGCGCCCUGCCCUUCCCUGCCCUGCUCCCAUUCUUUCUCCUUUUUCUUCCUCUCUCUACACGCCUUAACUCAAUUGUCUCUCAAAUGGCUUCUUUUCGCAAUCAUUACACACUCUAGUUUAUGACCACUUACUUUGUUCACGCCAAAGCUGCCUCCCAUCACCGGGGCGUUUCUCUUAGAUCUGCAAAUACAUUUCACUUCCAUCAGCUGUGGCAGCUGAGAACCACAAUCUGUGAAUUUGAGAUCUCAAACACAUCUAUUUCUCUUUUUUUUUUAGUUGGGGAAGUGAGCCGCAAUGGUCGCUAAGGCUUGGAUAGUGAAAAUGGGUAACCAGGUAAGUGAAAAUCUCAAGCACGCUCUCCUUCUCGAACCAUCUUCCAACAAGAAAAAGAACCUCAAAACCCUAAAACCUAAACAGAUAAUCGGCAUUCUAUCCUUUGAGGUGGCUAACCUCAUGUCCAAAACAGUCCACCUGCAUAAAUCCCUCGCCGACUCAGAGAUCUCGAACCUCAAGACCAAGAUCUUGAAUUCGGAGGGAGUGAAGAACUUGGUUUCUUCUGACGAGAAUUUCCUUCUAGACCUCGCGCUUGCUGAGAAACUCGAUGACCUCAAUCGUGUCGCCAGCGCUGUCUCCAGGUUAGGCAGAAAGUGUAGUGAACCCGCGUUGCAGGGGUUCGAGCAUGUGUACGGGGAUAUAGUAAGUGGGGUUAUUGAUGUGAAGGAUUUGGAAUGUUUGGUAAAGGAUAUGGAAGGUAUGGUGAGGAAGCUGGAGAGGUACGUGAAUACCACCUUCAAUUUGUACAGUGAAAUGGAAGUGUUUAAUGAGUUGGAACAAGCUACCAAGAAGUUCCAGCAGAAUCAGCACGAGGAGACUCGCAGGGCUUUUGAGCAGAAGUUGUUGUGGCAGAAGCAGGAUGUGAGGCAUCUUAAAGAAAUUUCCCUCUGGAACCAGACAUUUGAUAAGGUCGUUGAGUUGUUGGCGAGGACCGUAUGCACGAUUUUUGCAAGGAUUUGUCUGGUUUUUGGAGAUUCUGCUUUGAGGAGGUACAGUCUUGGGCUGGUUGGUGUGUGUUCUCCUCUUAUGAAGGAUGGAUGUGGGCGGCUCUCCAGUCAGAUUGAUGAGCGUCGUAAUGGGCAGGUGGUUUCAGGGCCGCUGAACAGAACCCUUAGCAAGAAUAGUAACGGGUUUCACUCGGGACAUAUUGAAAGAGCUGUGGCGGUGAAAAGAGUAACGAGUUUUAAGCAUCCCACUGAUCCACGAAGAGGCGAAGCAACAACAUUGUUUCGUGCAGAGGAUUUCAACUUUUCUUGUGGGACUAAUCCCGGGAGACUUUUCACGGAUUGCCUCAGCUUGAGCAGUUCGGUUUCAAAGUUUGAUGAUGACGAUGAUGAUGACGAUGAUGCUGUUGUUCGUGAUGACAGAAGCAGCCAAAUUUCGAGCUCUUGCAGUACUAUUGCAAAUGGUGGAACCCGACGUCAUUCUUCUUGUUUCAAUCGCUCCCAAAUUGGUGACUUUGGAAGUGGAGAUCAAAGACAAGGUGUCAUGGGCAACGCCCGGUUUGGACCCAGAAGUAGGUUAACUAUGUAUGCUUCUCCUUCCACUAUUGGAGGCUCUGCUCUAGCCUUGCAUUAUGCAAAUGUCAUAAUUGUUAUAGAGAAGCUGCUUCGCUACCCUCAUUUAGUUGGGGAAGAAGCCAGAGAUGAUUUGUACCAGAUGUUACCAACUAGCUUAAGAAUGUCUUUGAGGACUAAGCUCAAGUCGUAUGUCAAGAAUCUGGCAAUAUAUGAUGCCCCUCUCGCCCACGAUUGGAAGGAGACUCUUGAAGGUAUACUUAGCUGGCUGGCACCUCUGGCGCAUAACAUGAUCAGAUGGCAAAGCGAGCGCAAUUUUGAGCAACAGCAGAUCGUGACACGAACCAAUAUUCUUCUCCUCCAGACAAUAUACUUCGCUGACAGGGAGAAAACAGAGGCAGCCAUCUCUGAUCUUCUUGUUGGGUUAAAUUACAUAUGUCGUUAUGAGCAUCAGCAAAAUGCAUUGCUGGACUGUGCGAGCAGUUUUGAUUUCGAGGACUGCAUGGAGUGGCAGCUGCAAUGUGGAGCCUCUUAUCUUAACUGAUGAAAUUGUUGGACUUGAAUAGUGGGUUGAGGUUAGAUCAUUUUCAAUGGACUUUUGAUACAUUUAUGAAGAUGGAAAAUCCACGGCAUGUGAAUACCUGAGCUUUGCACACAAUAGAUAUAUUAUUGCAUAUGGGAGUACUCGAUUAUGUAUUUGGGUUCAAGGUAUGCGAAGUUCUAACUUCUAAUGUAUAUAAUCAGAGGGCAAAUUUCAGUUUGAUCACUUGUGGUUUGAGGAGUUUUGAAUUUUUUUUUUUGGCCACUCACUAUCUUGUAUUUUAAAUGUUAGUUAAACUCACUAGCUCAUGGCUACAGAAGAUUCAAAGAGAAGUAAACAAAGAAUAUCUGAACCACGGGGUAGUGAGUUGUCAAAGAAAAAAUGAGAUGUUCUUAAAUUAGAAAGCAUGAAAUCACAAGGGAUCAAUCUGAAAUUUGCUCUAAUUCCAAUUAUUUUAUGAAAUCAGAAGUAUCUUCUGGAGAACA